GCAGAAUACCAUGUUUAUAUUUCAUCAUAAAUGAUCCAAACGACUUGCACAUUUAGAUAAUCCAUGCAGAGUGAUGUACACCUUUAACAAAGUAACACACGUAACAAGUAUUACUAAAAAAUGAAUUAGCGCACUUUUGUACUAAUUAUGCAAAUCAGUCAACAAUUUGCAUAAUUGGUAUCUGUAGAUGUUCCAGCUGCCAUAUAUUACAUGCCACAUAUAACAAGUUUCUAUUAUGGAACACACUGCAAUUAUACAUUUACUAACAAAUUAUGUAAAUCAGUUCCAAAUUUGCAUAACUGGUAUCUCAUCGUGUACAUCUAGGCUAUCUGUAUACCGAGUACCAUGAAAAUCCUUCAUCCCUUUGCUCAUCCUUCAAAGAAGCUACCCCUGCAGUUCCAGAGCAAGCUACUUGAGAGUGGGCCACCCAUCCCACUUCUUCUUUACAUAAAAUGCUAACUGUCACCAAAAUAGUCAAGACCAAGCCAUGUCCAGAAAAAAAGUACAAAUAACGUUUUGCUGUAACGUUAGUACCAAUGUCACAAACAGAAACGACAAACUAUACCUCCAUUUUUCAUAGAGUUAACUACUUUUUACUCGGAGGUGGCACAUUAGAUCUACUAUAUCUCCAUUUUGUCUAAGUCAGCCAUUUAACCCAAAUCUUGUGACCUGGGAGCACCUUAUGUGGCGGUGUGUAGUAUAGGAGGCAAUGUGUCAGUGUAAAGUGUUCACUGGGAUCACUGCGACCUGGGGCACAUUCCUCGUGUCACCCAUCCGCGACAGUUCGUGUCCCAACCUCAGUAUCUCCCUAUCAUCUACAGUGCCAAAUUGCACCACUCAAUGUCCAAUUAAAAGGUAAUUAAUAUUCCUGUCACUGGCACCCUCGGCUAUUUAGUCUAGAGGAUCGUUUCAUGAGCCUUCUUUAUGACGUAUAAUUUGGACGUGUUUCGACAUUUCAGACACAAUUUUCUCCAAAGGUUUGUUUUUGUGGCCCUCCCAGGACCUCACACGACUGUCGGCAUGUUACUUCGUGUGGCCGUAAAGCGAUGUCUGUGGCCAGCGACUAGAGAGUCAAAUUUAUGGAAGUAACACUUCCAAAGACCUGACGUCACAGGAAUAACUAUAUAGAUUUUCACUGGUCCCUUCUUCUACUUCUAACUUUGAUGACAAAAAUACACCUGCUCGUCUGGUACAGAGAACCAGAGCAUAAGGUCCUCUCUCUUGUUCUUCUGACCUUUCGGGACAGAUGAUAAGCCCUGGUCGCUUUGGUCGCAUUUUCAAGUCCUCAUUCGGUCAUUGUAUGGAAGCGCCACCCCGGGCCAUGUUUCAUAACACUUACUUCCUGGGUCUGCUAGAAACUUAAAAAAGUAAAAUCUAUUCAAAGUCAUCUAUGAGGCUGGGAGACAGUGUGGAUACCCCAAAACCAAACUUAAAAGACCUCCAAUUUUUGUGGAGAUAAAUUUAUCAGACCCUUCAUUUUUUGUAUGUUUAGAUUUUUUUACAGAAAGCUUGUCUUAAAAUCACUUCCUCCUCUUCUGUACCGGCACGAUAAUGUACCGCUCUCCUGGCGUCUCCAUUGCGAACACAUGCACUGGUCACUUCCCCGUCCGCCGCCACGCGCGUUUAGAGAGGUGAGGACAAGCUAGCAUUCCGGUAGGCAGGUAAGGACACUGUCGGACGUCGGCACCAAACCCUUUAUCCACUGGGCGCGCUGGCGUAGUGGAAUGUGGCCUAGAAACAUGCGGGCCGUCCAAUAGAGCUGUCAAUCACAACCUGCCGUAAUUUGAAGCGUGUCUCCUCUCGCUGGUCGUGAGUUGCGGUCCCUUCAUGCCCCACACCUUGCAGACACGCCCGGCAGCUCUGCACCGCUCCCCCCUACAGCUCGCCUUUUGUCUCAACGGACAAUGGCCAACAAAAGCUCGAGUGCGGCUCCAGGUAUUCGGAACAUUCACUUGAAUUGCCGUCGAUUGAUCGACAGCGAGGUGUCAAAAGGCAGGUGAAGUGCUCCUCAAAUAAAAGGAAGCCGUCUUUAUGAACUCCAGGUGAACUUUUGUUGAACUUUGCCUGACCCCCCCGUCCACUGACCUAUUGCUAGCCGCACAGAAGGACCUGAUGACACAUAACAAAAACUCCCUCUCCUGUUGAAGUUGAAAGACAGCUCACGUUACGGCGGCGUGCGCGAUAAUGGGGACAGCAGUGAUCAAAGCAUGCGGUUGUUUUUGGACAGGCCGGCUGACUGAGGCAGCCCGGGGCUGUCUAUAGCCAGGGUGAAUCCAGGAUUGACCCCCAGCCCAUGUGAUGCCCCUUCCGUCUUCUAACUAAUGCAAGACAUGCAAAUACUGAGAGCUCUUAGCUCGCUGAUUGGUUGUUGGCCACAAUCAAUGCAGGUGUCUUUCAAGAGCAAGCUAUCCAACAUAAGAGGUCCUGAGUGCUGGCCGGGCUUGUAGUCCAGUACAUUCCCCAGUACACUGGCUACUGUCGGCAACCCCAUACAAGCCCAACACCAGCCAGUUGGAUUUUACCGGUGCACUCAUCUUACAAUAUAUCAACAUAGACUUUCAUUUUGAGUUGAGCAGAGUGAGUGAGCGGCGUCAGGGUUCAGCGCCUGGCGACAGCCAUUGAUCGGCUCGGGCGAGACACCGAGCCCGCCACGCUCUCGGCUCGUCCAUCAGGCCCGCUUGGCUGCGGCAAAGGGUCACCGUCACUCCAUAUAAACUCCAGGCGAGCCUCUCAUCGGGAGAUAAAACUGCAAAGAUGCUGGUGGAGCUGGUGACUGUCCUCGUCCUGCCUUGUGUCGCUCUCCUGCUCUCCUGGAAGCUAUGGACGCAGUACUACACCUGGUCCGACCCUGGCCCCGACACCCCCCUGCCGCCCGGCAGCAUGGGUCUACCCUUCAUCGGAGAGACGCUUAGCCUCGUUACGCAGGGAGGCAAAUUCAGUUCCAGCAGACAUGCGCAGUACGGGGAUGUCUUCAAGACCCACAUCCUGGGCCGCCCGACCAUCCGCGUAAGAGGGGCGACCAACGUGCGCAAGAUCCUGCUGGGAGAGAACCACAUCGUCACCAGUCUGUGGCCGCAGACGUUCCGCACGGUUCUGGGGACCGGGAACCUCGCCAUGAGUAACGGCGAGGAGCACAGGCUGCGCAGAAAGGUCAUCAUGAAGGCCUUCAACUACGAGGCGCUGGAGAGGUACGUCCCCAUCAUGCAGGAGAUCCUGCGCGAGGCUGUCCAGCGGUGGUGCGGGGCUCCCCAGCCGGUGACUGUCUGGCCCAUGGCACGGGAGAUGGCCUUCCGUGUGGCGUCAGCCGUCCUGGUGGGCUUCCAGCACAGCGAUGAGGAGAUCCAACACCUCACCUCUCUCUUCACCAACAUGGUCAAGAACCUCUUCUCUCUCCCAGUCAAGCUACCCGGGAGUGGGCUCAGUAACGGGCUGUUUUAUCGACAAGCCAUCGAUGAGUGGAUGAUGAACCACAUUCAGAGGAAGAAAGAGUUUGUGCUGCAGGGUGGCGACAGUGGAGACGUCUUGUCGCACAUCAUGAACAAUGCGAAGGACAACGGAGAGAAGUUGUCUGACCAGGAGAUCCAGGACACGGUGGUGGAGCUGCUGUUUGCCGGGCACGAGACCACGUCCAGCGCCGCCACCUCCCUCAUCAUGCACCUGGCGCUGCAGCCACAGGUGGUUCAGAAGGUGCAGGAGGACCUGGAGAAGCACGGGCUGCUGCAGCCGGACCAGCCUCUGAGUCUGGAGCAGGUCGGCAGGCUGACGUACGUGGGGCAGGUCGUCAAGGAGGUGCUCAGGCGGCGCCCGCCCAUUGGAGGAGGCUACCGCAGAGCGCUCAAGUCUUUUGACAUCGGCGGUUUCCAUGUGCCCAAGGGAUGGGCGGUACUGUACAGCAUCAGAGACACACACGAAGCCUCCCAAAUCUUCUCCUCGCCGGAGCUGUUCGACCCUGACCGAUGGACCCCCGAGACAUCCCAGGCGCCCCUGGCCCGGUACGAUAUGGUGACGUUCGGCGGGGGACCACGAGCCUGUGUCGGGAAGGAGUUUGCCAAGCUCCUACUGAAGCUUCUGUGUGUGGAGCUGACGAGAAGGUGCCGCUGGAAGCUGGCAGACGACAAGCUACCGGACAUGAAGCUCAUUCCCAUCGUGUAUCCAGCCGACGGCUUACCUGUUAUCUUCACUCCCAUUGGCGGAAAGUCACCUGGUGACGAAAACAAAAAUGGCGUGCCGUAUGAGGAGAGGACAAGGGGCAAGGACUGUCCUAUUCUCUGCUCGGUGUCGUUUGAAAAAGACAUAAACGUCGCGACUUAAACUUUUAAGUAAAGACAAAAAUAUGCACAUCAUCUUGCCAUAAGGUCUAGAUAACCUUCAGAAAACGUUUAUUAGUUACAGAUAAGAGUAACCAAUGAUUCAAUUAACAAUCCGGAACACAGGGUCAGACACGACAGAACUAUAUUUGCAAUUUAAAAAAGUAUAUCAAUAUAAAAGUAAACAUUAACGCAAAAAUAUAAGAAUAUAUACAUGUGUAGAAGAAGUUAACAUUUUUUAUUCAAUACUACUUAAUACUACUUAAUAAUUAGUAUAUGAGAAUGUUAAACAUUAAUUUGUAAGAGGAAUAUUAUCCAAGGUACUGCCAGCAUGCUCUCACGAGUCUGUCUCGUACAUGUAAAUAUGCGAAAGGAACUUUUAAGCUUUUGUCAUGUGUCGUGUGAUGUGAAUUUGGAGGAAGCACUAAUAGCACACUCAGACUUCUGUAUUACAUAUGGACUCCCACAUUUUAUUCGGAAAAGGGUACAGCUAAUUUUAUUUAUGGUGUCGGUUACAUGUUCCACAAGAGGGUUAUUUGUCAUAAUAAGCAUGUAGCCAACGGAAGACAGCAAAGUUAAUGGCUAAGUAUUUCGUUUGAAAAUAUAGGGGUGUUAUUAUUGACAAUGUUAAAACAUUGUAUGCUAAUCCAGAGAACUGAGUGCAUCAUACUACAUUGUGGAAAUUUGGUUUAACUGCAGACUGUGUGCCUACUGGCACCGCGUAAUAAAUAGAUACAAGGCAUCA